AUUUCAACAACUUGGCUUUUAUCUAAUAAAGCCCCUCCCUCUCCCAUUUACCUUUAAAUAAAAUCGGAGGGAGAAAAACACAAAAACAACAAAAAUAUAGAAAAAACAAAAAAAAAAUGAUAGGAAAAGUUGUUGUCUCAGUGGCCUCCAUCCUUUUAUUAGUUGGAGUGGCCAUAGGAGUCGUUGCCUUCAUAAACAAAAAUGGUGAUAGUAAUCUGUCUCCACAAAUGAAAGCUGUUCAAGGAAUUUGUCAGGCAACUGCCGACAAAGCCUCAUGUGUCAAAACUCUCGAGCCGGUUAAGAGCGACGACCCAAACAAACUGAUCAAGGCCUUCAUGCUCGCUACAAAAGAUGCAAUAACCAAAUCGUCUAACUUCACUGGUAAAACCGAAGGAAACAUGGGCUCGAGCAUCUCACCAAACAACAAAGCUGUUCUUGAUUACUGCAAGAGAGUUUUCUUGUACGCUCUUGAAGAUCUUUCCACCAUUGUUGAGGAAAUGGGUGAAGAUCUUAACCAAAUCGGGAGCAAAAUUGACCAGCUUAAACAAUGGUUAACCGGUGUUUACAACUACCAAACCGAUUGUCUUGACGAUAUCGAAGAAGAAGAUUUAAGAAAGACGAUUGGAGAGGGCAUUGCAAGCUCCAAGAUUCUCACUAGCAAUGCUAUUGACAUCUUUCACACUGUCGUUAGCGCCAUGGCCAAGCUUAACAUCAAGGUUGACGAAUUCAAGAACAUGACCGGAGGACUCUUUACUCCUUCAAACAAAGGAGAUGCUCCCGUCAACAAAGGAACCCCUCCAGUUGCUGAUGAAUCUCCCGUGGCCGACCCUGAUGGUCCUGCUCGUCGUCUUCUUGAAGAUAUGGACGAGACUGGAACCCCAACAUGGGUUUCAGGUGGUGACAGGAAGCUCAUGGCUAAGGCUGGACGCGGCGGUAACGAUGGCGCUGCUAGGAUCAGAGAAACCUUUGUGGUGGCUAAGGACGGAAGUGGACAGUUUAAGACGGUUCAACAAGCCGUUAAUGCUUGCCCUGACAAGAACCCAGGCCGAUGCAUCAUCCACAUUAAGGCUGGUAUCUACAAAGAGCAAGUAAUCAUCCCUAAAAAGAAGAACAACAUCUUCAUGUUCGGAGAUGGUGCAAGAAAGACCGUCAUUACUUACAACAGAAGUGUUAAACUCACCCCAGGAACCACCACAUCCCUCAGUGGCACAGUUCAGGUUGAAUCAGAAGGAUUCAUGGCAAAAUGGAUCGGUUUCAAGAACACCGCUGGUCCAAUGGGACACCAAGCCGUGGCUAUCAGAGUAAACGGAGACCGUGCUGUGAUCUUCAACUGUAGGUUCGACGGUUACCAAGACACCUUGUACGUGAACAACGGUCGUCAGUUCUACAGAAACAUUGUUGUCUCAGGAACAGUCGACUUCAUCUUCGGUAAAUCCGCAACCGUGAUACAGAACUCACUUAUUGUUGUCCGUAAAGGAAACAAGGGACAAUUCAACACGGUCACAGCUGAUGGAAACGAAAAGGGUUUAGCAAUGAAAAUCGGUAUCGUCCUCCAAAACUGCCGCAUUGUUCCGGACAAGAAACUAGCGGCCGAGAGAUUAACCGUGCCGUCAUACUUGGGAAGGCCGUGGAAGAAAUUCUCGACCACCGUGAUUAUGAACACCGAGAUGGGUGAUUUGAUUAGACCAGAAGGUUGGAAGAUCUGGGAUGGGGAAAGUUUCCACAAGUCAUGUAGGUACGUUGAGUUCAACAACCGUGGACCAGGAGCUAUCACUAACAGAAGAGUUAACUGGGCUAAGAUCGCCAAGUCUGCAGCUGAGGUCAAUGACUACACUGUUGCUAACUGGUUAGGCCCGAUUAACUGGAUUCAAGAGGCCAAUGUUCCUGUCACACUUGGAUUAUAAAGCGUAUAAAUCAAAUCAAGUAAAAGAAUAACUAGUACGUGCUCAUGUAAAAGGUGAAAGUACAACGUCGUUUUCUAUAUGCGCGGAGAGAUGAAGUUGUGAAAGAUUUGCUUUUUGUUUGUCUCACGUAUGAAAGACGAGAAGAAACAAAAUUUAACAUUUGUGUUGUUUGGUUUUUAUUUUUAUUUCUAUGUUUUCGGAAGAUGAAAACUUGUCCGCUGUGUUGUAUCUA